GGUGUUAGCACGCUAACGACCUGGAUUUUUUAGUACAGCGGCGCAAAAUACGUAGUUCGCCGCAGAACGAAGCCUCUCGCAGUUUCAAUCCACUUAGUUGCACUUUAUAUAUUUGUAAACAAAGUGUUUGUUGCUUAUGCAAUACGCUACUGGAACUCCCGAGGCAAGAUGGAGGACGCAAGGACGUGAUGUUUUUUUAGGUCACAUGCAACCUCUGUCUUGGAUUUUCUGAAGAUCUCAAGCCAGUUGCAAGUUGAAGUUAUCCAGAAGAUGUUACAGAAAUGAUAGCAGCACCAGAAAUACCAUCAGAGUUUUCCUAUACUCAGGAUACAGACACCCGUUUCUCCUCAGACACAGACUUUUCUGAAGAUCCAGAUGGAAGGGGUGCAAAUUCAGCUAAAGGAAAGGGUGGUAAGAAGGGAAAGAAGGCCGCAGGGGAGAAAGGCAAAGGUGGGAAGGGAGCAGGCCGGAUAAAUGGCCACCACCAAGAGAAUGGCAUGGAAAACAUGAUGCUGUUUGAGGUGGUGAAGCUUGGUCGGAGUGCAAUGCAGUCAGUCGUCGAUGACUGGAUUGAGUCUUACAAACAUGACAGAGACGUUGCACUACUGGAUCUCAUCAAUUUCUUCAUCCAGUGCUCAGGAUGCAAAGGUGUGGUCAGUGGAGAAAUGUUUCGCAACAUGCAAAACUCUGAGAUCAUCCGACGAAUGACAGAGGAAUUCGAUGAGGAUAGCGGUGACUACCCUCUAACCAUAGCUGGGCCUCAGUGGAAGAAGUUCAAAUCAAGCUUCUGUGAAUUCAUUUUGGUGCUAGUGCGCCAGUGUCAAUACAGUAUCAUCUAUGAUGAGUACAUGAUGGACACCGUCAUCUCCCUUCUCACCGGACUAUCGGAUUCCCAAGUCCGAGCCUUCAGACACACCUCAACACUGGCGGCCAUGAAGCUGAUGACUGCCCUGGUGAAUGUAGCUCUAAACCUGAGCAUCAACAUGGACAACACCCAGCGCCAGUACGAGGCAGAGAGGAACAAAAUGGUGGCUAAAAGGGCAAAUGACAGACUGGAGCUGCUCCUGCAAAAGCGCAAAGAGCUCCAAGAAAAUCAGGAUGAGAUCGAGAACAUGAUGAAUGCAAUAUUCAAAGGAGUGUUUGUUCAUCGAUAUCGUGACUCGAUAGCAGAAAUCAGGGCGAUCUGUAUAGAGGAGAUUGGCGUUUGGAUGAAACUGUACAGCGAUGCCUUCCUCAACGACAGCUAUCUGAAGUAUGUGGGAUGGACGAUGCACGAUAAGCAAGGCGAGGUACGUCUGAAGUGUCUGACAGCUCUGCAGGGCCUCUAUUACAACAGAGAACUCAAUGCAAGGCUGGAGCUCUUCACCAGUCGCUUCAAGGAUCGUAUUGUCUCGAUGACUCUGGACAAAGAGUACGAUGUUGCAGUACAAGCAAUCAAACUUCUCACUCUGGUCUUGAAUAGUACAGAUGAGGUGUUGACCCCCGAGGACUGUGAGAGCGUGUACCACUUGGUGUACUCGGCACACAGGCCGGUCGCUGUUGCAGCUGGAGAGUUCCUCUAUAAGAAAUUGUUCAGCCAGCGAGAACCGGAAGAGGAAGGUGCCCCCAAAAGAAGAGGCAGACAAAGCCCGAAUGCCAACCUCAUCAAGACCACUGUCUUUUUCUUCCUGGAGAGUGAGCUUCACGAACAUGCAGCUUACCUUGUGGACUCCCUCUGGGAAUGUGGUGCUGAGCUACUGAAAGAUUGGGAGUGUAUGAUCAGCUUACUGCUAGAUGACCCAUUGCCAGGAGAAGAAGCUCUUACAGAUAGACAAGAGACAGCCUUGAUUGAAAUCAUGCUGUGCACUGUGCGCCAGGCUGCUGAAUGCCACCCACCUGUUGGAAGAGGAACAGGAAAGAGGGUGAUGACAGCUAAAGAGAAAAAGACUCAGCUGGAUGACAGAACCAGGAUGACAGAGCUGUUUGCUGUUGCACUGCCCCCUCUACUGGCCAAGUACGCGGUGGAUGCAGAGAAGGUGACUAAUUUGCUGCAGCUGCCUCAGUUCUUCGAUCUGGAAAUUUAUACCACAGGACGUCUAGAGAAGCACCUGGAGUCCCUGCUGCGUCAGAUCAGAGAAAUUGUGGAGAAGCACACAGACACUGAGGUUUUGGAGUCCUGCUCCAAGACUUACCACGCCCUCUGCAACGAGGAGUUCACAAUCUUCAACAGGGUGGACAUAGCCCGCUCUCAGCUGCUGGAUGAGCUGGUGGACAAGUUCAACAGGCUACUGGAGGACUUUUUACAAGAGGGUGAAGAUGCUGAUGAAGAUGAUGCUUAUCAGGUUUUGUCGACUCUAAAGAGGAUCACGGCGUUUCAUAAUGCACAUGACCUGUCAGGGUGGGAUCUCUUCACAAGCAACUUCAAGCUGCUCAACACAGGCAUUGAGAACGGAGACAUGCCAGAGCAGAUAGUCAUCCAUUCACUGCAAUGUACCCAUUAUGUGAUCUUAUGGCAUCUGGCCAAAUCGUCAGAGGGGAGCUCCAGAAAGGAUGAUCUGGUGACCCUGAGGAAGCAGAUGCGGGCAUUCUGUAUGAUGUGUCAGCGCUACCUCACCAACGUCAACACCGCCGUCAAAGAACAGGCGUUCACCAUCCUGUGUGAUCUCCUGCUCAUCUUCAGCCACCAGAUGGUGUCCGGAAGCAGGGAACACCUGGAGUCGCUCAUCUAUUCCCCGGAGGACUCGCUGCAGUCUGAACUGCUCUCCUUCAUCCUGAACCACGUCUUCAUAGACCAGGAUGAUGACACAAAUAGCACAGAUGGGCAGCAGGAUGAUGAGGCGGUGAAGAUUGAGGCUCUUCACAAGAGGAGAAACCUUCUGGCAGCCUAUUGUAAACUCAUCAUCUACUGUGUGGUGGAAAUGAAGACUGGGGCUGACAUUUUCAAACAGUAUAUGAGGUAUUACAACGACUACGGAGACAUAAUCAAAGAGACGAUGAGUAAGACCCGGCAAAUUGAUAAGAUUCAAUGUGCCAAGACACUCAUCCUCAGUCUGCAGCAGCUGUUCAACGAGAUGCUGUCUGAACUGGGCCACGGGUUCGACCGCUCCUCCUCGGCGUUCUGUGGAAUCAAAGAGUUGGCCCGCCGGUUCUCUCUGACCUUCGGCCUCGACCAAGUCAAAACCAGAGAUGCCAUAGCUAUGCUGCACAAGGAUGGCAUCGAGUUUGCGUUUAAAGACCCGAGUCCGCAGGGAGAAGGAGGCCCUCCGCUCAACCUGGCCUUCCUGGACAUCCUCAGCGAGUUCUCCUCCAAGCUCAUGAGACAAGACAAGAGGACUGUGCACAUGUACCUGGAGCGCUUCAUGACGUUCCAGAUGGCCCUGCAGCGGGAGGACUGCUGGCUCCCCCUCAUCUCCUACAGGAAUUCCCUGCAGGCCGGCGGCGACGACGACACCAUGUCUGUGAUGAGCGGCUACUCCAGCAGAGGCUCUUCCAUUCGCUCCAAGAAGGCCAAGCCUCCUGCUGCUGCAGCGGGAACCUCGGCAGCCAAGAGGAAGCUGCCAGAAGAGGAGAGCAGCAGCAGCAGCGAGGUGUGGCAGCAGAGCAUGCAGACCCCAGUCAUGAUGCCGUCCCCCCACCUCACCUCCACUGCCAUGCGAGACCCCAAGAGGGGGCGCGAUGACAGCUACAUGGGAGUGUACCCCCUCCCUCACGACCAGCAGCAGCAGCAGCAGCAGCCCCACCAACACCCGCAGCACCAUCAACAGACGCCGCAGCACCACCAGACACCCAUGGAUUACAACUCCCAGGUGACGUGGAUGCUGGCCCAGAGGCAGCAGGAAGAGGCACGCCAGCAGCAAGAAAGAGCCAUGAACUACGCCAAGCUCAGGACCAAUCUGCAGCACGCUAUAAGUCGACGCGGCACUGGGCUCAUGGAGGAGGACGAGGAGCCCAUCGUGGAGGACGUGAUGAUGUCCUCUGAGGGCCGUAUGGACGACCUCAAUGAGGGCAUGGACUUCGACACCAUGGACAUUGAUCUGCCGCCCUCCAAGAACCGUCGCGAGCGGUCUGAACUCAAGCCGGACUACUUUGACCCCGCUUCCAUCAUGGAUGAAUCGGUCCUGGGAGUGUCCAUGUUUUGAGCUCGUGUCCGGACGGUUUUGCGGCUGCGAUGAGAGAAGAGGCGCUUUGUAUUUAAAGAGAAUUUUAGAUGCGAAAACAGAAGUGUUUUCUGUAAGAAAAAGCAAAAAUGAAACAAAAAAAAAAAUUCUGGCUUGUACUCCACGUGGACCAAUGACAACCCACACUCAGUGUUGCUUGCUCAGAGAGGACUUUGUUUCAAAUAUUUACUUUUAUAAUCUUGGGUAAGCUCUUCCUGUUCAGAAAUAGUGAAACAGGCCACUUCCAAACCUAUUAGAAACGUGUCCGAAGAAAAAUCAAUAAUAGCUUUUUUUUUUUUUCCCUUUAUUUUUUUUUUUUUUUAAACGGGGAUGAAUUGGUGUGUUUAACUUAAGAAACAUUUUUUUUUUUUGUUUUUGUUUAUGUCUAACCCUUUUUACAAUUGUAGUAAGUUACCAGGUGUGAAGUAGUAAUUUAUAAACGGACUGUAGUAGCUUGCUUGUACUGUGUUAGCCAAGUGGAUGGAGGUCUUUAUGUUUCUGUGCUCCCUCUCUCUCUCUCUCUCUCUCUCUUUCUCUCUCUCUUUCUUUUUAUUUUCCUCUCCCCCCUCUGUCUGUUGAGUUCCCCCCCCCUCCCUGUUGCGGGGCUCGACUCGCGGCCCUGAUAACCACUGGUGGUUAAGAUGGUGAGACGUCACGUAGAAUCAGUCCAGAUCCCUUUUAUGCUGUGAAGAUUGCUAGAGUCCACUGAACGCUCCACACUGUUACGCAGCAAGUCCUCGAGCUGAACCCCCCCUCCCCCCUCCCCCGAGAUUCGGAUCACUCCUUAACCAUCAUGUACUCGAAAUCGCCCCCCCCUCCCUCCCCUCCUUUAAGACGAGCAGAGUUUAUUUCCAGUAGUGCCACUGUGUGGGCUCCGACAGACAGCAGUAAGAUCACACUUGUUUUAUUUUGUUUUUGUUUUUUUUUGUUUUUUGUCUCUUAAAAUCCAGCAGCGUAAUGUUGAAAUGGGUAUCUCUACAUUUUAAAUAAAAAGUAUAUAUGAAUCGGUGCUGAUUUUAUAUAUGUGCUUUUGUUUUUUUUUUUUUGUUUGUUUUUUUCUUAUUUUCAACUUUUCAAAACCUUCAGUCACAAAAGUUUAAGAAAUGUGUAAGUAAAAAAGAAAAAA